GUUUACAAUUAACUUACUCUAACACAUGCAGGCGGCAUUUCAGGAGCUUCAUCCUGGAUCAAUGGGUUAAUAUUAAUAUGGUGAGGUCAAUGGGUUAAUAUUGCUAUGAUGAAUUUCAUGGCUUAAUAUAGAUAAUUAGACUAAAAAAGUGUUCACAUUGAUAAGGCAAGAUACAAAUUAUUUGAUUCAAUUCCUUGUAACAUUUUAAAACAUUUUUGUAGUUCGUUUACACAAAAAGAGAACACAAUUUUUAUAAACCUAACUGCCCUUAACUUUUAAAAAAAAGUUGAUAAGUGAUGAACAAAAACAAUCACUUAUUACCAUUAAGAUUUUUUUAUUAUUUAAAAAUAAUUAACACGUAUAAUAAUUGUAACUAAAUGUGCACGUUUUAAGUUGUCCAUUGGAGUGGCUUUUAUUCAGUUACUUGUUUUGAAAACAAUAAUAAUAAUAAUAAAAAUAAAACCAUGUUUACAUACAAUUAUAUCCUUUUGUUAAAUUUCGGAACGUUCAGAUACAAACUGAAAUGUCUUUGUUGAUUUUUGUAAUACAGGUAAAGUUUUCACUGUACACACAUGGAACUGAAGUAAAAUACAUUCUAUUUGAUGGGAGAAACUCAACGCGGACAUCAUGGUUUACAUGGUCGAAGAUUAUCAACACCACAUGGGGAGACAUGAU